GAUAGUGAUAGUGCACGCGUGUGGUUAAAAUUAUUCCAAUUUCCAAGUGUAUUUAAACUUUUUUUGUUCAUUGUAAUUAUCUGAGUCGUAUUCUACAAAAUCCGCAAAUCUUUUCCUUCGAGCAAUCGUUUCCUUUCUUUACACUCUGGUUCCUCGUAGACUGGGUUUCCACGAACUGCGGUGCUCAUGGCUAAGCCUCGGUACCGAAUUCGAACACGUGUUCCUUAAAUAUUUGAUUCACUUUGCCGCAAUUAUAGUAUAGCACACUGAAGAUUCUAGAAAAAAAUGCUAUCAAAUAAUGGGAACACCAUUGAUUAUAGGAACAAGCUGAUUCUAGCUCCUAUGGUUCGAAUAGGCACAUUACCCAUUAGAUUACUCUCUAUCGACUACGGUGCAGAUCUAGUCUAUUCUGAAGAAAUUAUCGACCACAAGUUAUUGCGUUGUAAUCGCAGAGUUAAUGAUGUUUUGAAAACUGUUGAUUACAUCGAUCGUUCAGACGGGACCAUUGUCUUCCGAACUUGUGCUAAGGAAAGGAGCAAAGUUAUUCUUCAACUUGGGACCAGUGAUCCUGAUCGAGCUUUAAAGGCAGCCAAACUUCUAGAAAAUGAUGUUGCUGGUGUUGACGUUAACAUGGGCUGCCCUAAAGAAUUUUCAAUCAAAGGUGGAAUGGGAGCUGCUCUGCUCUCAAAUCCUGACAAAGCAUGCAGUAUCUUGAAAAAUCUAGUCAGAAACCUAGCAAUACCGGUAACUUGCAAGAUUCGAGUCUUGGAUACGAUUGAAGAAACUGUGGAGCUGAGCAAAAAACUUAGUGAAUGCGGCAUUGCGGCUCUUGCAGUUCAUGGAAGGAUGCGUCAUGAGAGACCUCAGCAUAGCAAUCGGAAUGACUUCAUUAAAAAAGUGAGCGAAGUUGUGCCCGUCCCUCUCAUUGCAAAUGGCGGCUCCAAAGAAAUAGAGACAUUCUCAGAUUUUGAGAAAUUCAAGACUGCAACAGGCUGCUCAAGCGUCAUGGUGGCCAGAGCUGCCGAAUGGAACUGCUCCAUUUUUCGGCCAGAGGGAAAACUUCCAUUGACUGAUGUCAUCAAAGCCUAUUUGCACUAUGCCAUUGACUACGAUAAUGCUCCAGCCAAUUGUAAAUACUGCAUCCAGAACAUGCUGCAGGAUUUACAAGAAACGGAAGAGGGGAAGGCCUUACUGAAAGCACAGACUUUGGAGCAAAUUAGUGCUGUUUGGGGUUUGGACAAUUACUACAGAUUGAAAGAAGCGGAAUAUCGUGCAAAAGGAAUCCUCGACCGAUGGGAGGUGAAGCCAAUAAAUGAAACAAAACGCCGAAAAGUUAUUACAGAUGACAGUAACUCUGAUGGUGAUACCAAAGAAUUGAGAUGUGCUUUCAUUCGAAACCUGUACCCAGCAGAUAGUGAUCUUCCAAAAACACGGCUCAUGGUAUAUGCUCGAAGAAAAGGACUUGAACAACCCAAAUAUAUUUCAUCUCAGUCGGACAAACUGUUCAAGUCCAUUGUUGUCUUCAACAAUCAAAAAUAUUCAUCUUCAUAUUGGGAGAAAAACAGGCGAUGGGCAGAACAGACUGCAGCUCUAGUAUGCCUCUGUUACGAAGGUGUGAUAGACAAAGUAGCAUUAGAAUCCAACGGAUCUAUUAAGUGAUGGCACCGAUCAAAUUAUCAUUGGAUUUUAAGGUUAACAUUCUCUACUCCUGUCAUUAAUAUCAGUGGCUACCACAUCUUAGUACCAGACCAGGACAUCGCAAGUGUGAGGUGUCAAACAUAAUUUAAAUUUAUAAUACUUAAUUGGGAUGUUAUUAAAUCAAGCACCAUAGGAGUAUUCCAUUUUCAGAAUGAUGAAGUUGCUUCUUGGUACUCUUCGGUAUCAGCCGGAGUUAUCUCUCAACUGUUCAUUACCAGCUAUUUUCAUCGGAGUCAAGGUGAAUAUUCUGAUGUCUAAUGAAUAUAACCUGCGCACUGUAACUUUUGCCAGAUCUGCUGGCAUUAGCCUGUUAAUAUGAAUAAUUCAAAAACUCACCUUUGAUUGCGUAAUAUAUUUCUGUUUAACGAAAGGAAGCUUUAUUCAAGGGUUUGUAACUGUCAAGGGCAAAUCUUUUCAUCAGGCUAUAACUGAAGAUUUGUUUCAUGAUUGCCGGUACCCCUAAUUCAAGAUUCUUUACACGCACAAAGCUGAUAAAAGUUUCCUUAUGAAAGGGAGAGAUAAAAUAAAUAUUGAGAUUUUACUGCUCGUUCCACAAGUACUUUAUUUAAAUUUGAGCUCCACAUGAUUGCUAGGCACAGGAAACAAAUCUUAGUACGAAACUAAACAAAAAUUUUUUGAACAACUUUUUGCAAAGAUAAAUUGCAAGAAUUAGUCUCACAAGAAAAAAGCAUAUCAUUGAGAGUUUGCUCAUAUAAUUUCACUCCGAGAGUUUUGAAAGCUUUUUGCUGGUCGUUCAAUUUCAAAAACUGCUUUUCAUACUUCUGGGAAAUUAGGGUCUGAAACAAUUUGAAGGAAUCCAUACAAAAAUGAAAUGAUAAAUCAGACGGCCGGUUCAGACCUCCUUUAUCCAAGCCGCUCAGAUAUUCAUAAGUCUCUUUUACUCGUUCAAUCUCUAGAGGUUUAUUUGUCACGAGUGUUUCUCUGCAUUCAGCACAGACCUCCUUCUCUUUAUGCCUUAGCUUUUGUAGGGUCUUGGUAGCAUAGCUGGCCAGAAAAAGGAGCACUCUUCUAUCCGUCUUUUUUGGGAAGCUCCCAAAUUUCAAGGAAUAGCAGGAGGUCUCUCAAAAAUUUCAGCUUCUGAUCUUUGGUCCCCAUCACCGGCUCACACUACAUGUCAUUGAGCCUCUUGCCUUUGUCAGGAUUUUUGACUUUCGAAAUCUUCCACCAUCUGCCAAUAAUUUGGAGGAACAUGAUGGAGUCGUCUGAUGUCUGCACAAUGUCCUUUUUCAAAGUCUGAAGGGCUACUUUUGUUGAAUCUUGAAAGACAGCAUUGACCAAUGAAACAUUCUGUCUUUCCGCAGAGGAUGGAUACACAGCCUUUUGGGUCAACAUAGGCGCAAGCUUCAAGAAUGCAUUUGCUUCAGCAUGAUAGAGAUUUUUCACGUCUUCAAAUUUUGCCUCAAGAAAUGUCACUUCGUUGGGCACUAGUCGGACAACAUUGCAGUUUGAACUGUCAAAGUCGAUAGGAUUCGAUGUGUGCAAGGGCUUGUCAAAAAGUGGUACUUGCCUGACGUCAGGAAUUUUGAGAACCUGGUUUGGGGCAUUCAGCCAAUUAUUUCUAAUGUUCUUAAAUAAGUGCACUUGGUCAAAGAGCAUAAAAAGAGGUUUGCCAGGAUCAAACGGGUUUGGUAUACGAGUCUUCGAAACUCAGAGGGCCUAGGUGCAGGAUGUUGAAAGUCCAUCAAAAAAUCUCCCUCUGGAGACGUCGGAGGGGUGUUUUCAGCCAACAUGAGCUGUAAAUUUGUUUCGGUAGCUUUCUUUUUUCGCUAGCAUUUUGAAUUCUCCCUCCAUUUUUUUUGCUGUGCUCGCUUCUCUCAGGGUUUCAAAUCUGUUACUGCUUUGAGUUUUCCACUCUUCUUCCUUUUUUCAUUUCUAGCUCUUUCAUAAUGUUUCGACGCUUCAUAGCGAACAGGAUCAUUUUUCACUGCUUCUUGAUAACGUUGUUGUUUUUCCCUUUUUUUCCUACGUUUUUCUGCCAAAUAUUUUUCAUUUUUUGGACGUUUUCUGGAUUUUUUUUUUCGCCUUUUAAAUUCUCACUUUUAUCUGUAUUAGAGCUAAACUCAGGAGUCUGAACAGAUUCAUUACUGAUAUUUUCAACAUUUAUACCUUCGGACAAGUUUCCAGAUUGACGAGCAGAAGACCGCCCAACGUUCAAAGGACCUGAAGUUUUAGUCGAUAAUGGUUUUCUGUUCUCAUCUUUUGCCGUAUUUUGAAAGUCUGCCAGUUUUCUGUUUAAAUCUUGAACCCACAGGUCGUAUAAAGUUUCUUCCGACAUUGUUACCUAAAAAAGGAAAAAAAAAAAAAAAUUACAACAUGGACACCACUCUCCCUGCAGUACAGUACAAACAUCAAAUGUGUACUAAAACUGGAAAAAACCUAAUAAAAUUUAUAAAUGAGAAUAAUAAGUGUUAGAGAUAUUAAUGCUCAACUGCUACAGAAAAUUAGGCCUCUAAUACUAUGACUUUUAUACAACAUUUCAUGUUAUAUUUUCUCUUAAAUUUGAUUUCAUCAUUACCUUAGACCACUUGCGUCAUUACCGUAGACCCCACUCCUCUUGGAAAGAGGCUGCGGUAAUGAUGGCUGCGGUAAUGAUGGCUACGGUAAUGAUGAUUCAUGAUGAAAGUCGGUGUAUAAUCUAGUUGCAUUGGUGGAUUCUGCUGUAAUUUUUAAAUUGAGUUUAGCUCUUAGUAUACAAUAUAAAACAUGCACUACUUUAAUAUUUCAUUCAUUCCUUAACAGAAAAAAGUAGGUAUGCGGUAAUGAGAAUUUCAAAUUGCCAAAAUUUAAUUCAGCAGAUAAAAACAAGAGAAAUUACCUUUUAAUGAAGUUUAAAAUCCCGACAACCCAGCCAUCGUGCACUACACGGUAAACAAAACACUCCGAAUGUUUAAGUGAUCACAGACUGCGCUCUAGCGGCGGGAAAGUGCUGCCAACAGGGUCUACGGUAAUGAUGCGAAAAUUUUGUUACAUUGCUCCCGGGUGGCGUAAUUUUAUUGCUAUGCUAAACUUUGACAUAAACAACAAGAAAUAUUCUUUUAAAUACAUCUUGGCUGUAAUAUUUGCCAAGGUUUUAUUUUUUUGGGGGCUUGAACCUUUUUAAAACCUAACAUAAAAUUAAUGACCUACAGAUUAUUACAGGCUACGGUAAUGAUUUUUUCGAUGUUUUUGAGUUUUCCACUAGAAUUUUUGGAUGGAAAAUAUUAAAAUUUGGCAAAAACGAAUCAAGGACAUUGUUCAGUACACAAUUUUGACUAAAUAAUUGACAAACUUCUUCUCCUUCCAAUUUUGAACGAGAUACAGAGGGUUUACACGAAAGGUAAAAAGUUAUUUGAACUUUGCCUGCAAGGCAGGUGACCGGGGCGGGGAUACAAGGGGGACCCCUUGCCUCGCUGUGAGGAGCUAGUACCUAUUUUAAAUAUGCAUUCACAGCUGUAAGUAAAAUUUGUUCUUCGUGAAACUUAAAUGAAGAGGAAGAUGCCUUUCACUUUAUUCACAAAAAAUUGUAAGUAAAGAUGAAUUUCGGACACUUUUUAGAAGAAGAAACACCUGAAAGUUGGCAAAAUUCCGUAAGCGUGCAAUUGCGCGUGGUCCGGCAGAAACGAGGUCGUACAAUAACUAAAAUUUUAAGUUUGUUAGCGAAUUUUUAGGGAGCAGUGGGGAAUAAUAGAAAGAAUUUAUAUUCUUUAAAUGUCUAAGCUGUUUCUUUUUACACCGUGAAAGUUAGAUAAUUUAACAAGUAUGAAAAAUGUGUUCAAGAAUAAGGGGAUUACAUCAAAAAUGUAUGCGUGCUGAGGAGUUUGCAAGACGAGAGCAUGUGGCUUUAUUCAGCUAAUAUUCAAAUGCUAUUUUUUGUUCAAAAUUGAAAAGUUUCAUGUUUGAGAGAGCCUCGCCUUAUUACACGCCUGCAGUGGCGAGAGACGGGUGUGGGAAAACUGAUGUUACUCGCCACUCAAGUGACCAAAUAAAAAACUAAAGCUUUAUAGGAAGCUGAAAGUAUUACAAUUAUAAAUUUGAUUAGAACUUUAAAUUAUCUUCAUUAGUUUCUAGACGAUAUGACAAAUAUUACUUAUUUUACUAAUAUCUCUUGUUUUUACUGGUUCCCUUUAAAACUGACAGUCUCUCACAGAAAAAAAGACAACAUUUAAAAAAUCAUUUGAGGGCCGAAGAGCAUAUAAGGAAAGAAUUCCUCUUCUUUCUGCCCCGGAAUUCAAAUGCGGUUAAGUUUGAUCAAAUACAGUUUAAUAAUGCAGACAAACCUUUAAAAAUCUCUAUUUUAUCACUGGCAAUGCUGGAGAGGUCUACGUUCUCAAAGACGUCAUUAUGAGAGGUUAUAACGCUUUCCAAAUCCUCUUCUUCUGCUUCAAUUAGUUUCUCCAGAGCCACCCUAACGUUCAUGUCAUAAAUGUGGUCCAACGUCGGCUCCGCAGAAUCUGCACCGCUGAGGAGGCAAUUGACAGUAAAUUCUCCAAAGAACAUCGGCUCUGCUGCGCCAUAGAUCAGUGACAUGGCCACUAAAAUUCCAGCUACUCUGUAAAGAUCGUUUUCAACUGCAAAUUCACUAUAUAUGAGGUCCUUUGCAUACUCCGGCCCCGCAGAAAUGGGGCAGUGCUUCAUUGCUUGCACUGUUUGGGUAAGGUAGUCUCUGGUGAGACCACCUUCAUCUUGCCCAUUUUCCAGGGCACCAAUGGCAUCGAUGUAUAGAAUUUGUAGGCGUCGGUUGAGGUUCAUCUCCUCCCUCAAAAAAUCUACAGCAGAUUCAAAAAGUGCAUUCCUGUGAGCUACAAUUAGAAGACGAUCAUCCCUCUUGAAUCUGAAUCAAAUACUCUCUCAGAUGAUGAUCAUUUUCAAUGAUAGUUUGAGUAUUAUUUGUGUGGCUGUUGGUUGGAGCCCUGUUUGGAGCUGCUUCAGAUGUUCUUGGCUAAGCUAUAUUAUUUCUACCGAGAGCUAUAUUCGGAGUUAAUAAUGAGUGAAGCUCUUGAUGAGAUAAAUUGCCCCCUCAUUUAUCAUCCUCGUCAAUUUUCCUCAUCAAAAAAUGGGAUCACAGACCAAAUCAGUGUCGCAACUCUGACCUAUCAAACCGAUGACAUGAUUCACAUCACAACUAAAGGAGUGAGAUCCUGUAAUGGUCAUCAGUGAUACAGGCACCAAGAAUAAUGAUCCUCUUUUCUCUGCUUGUGGGCCUAUUCGACUGCCUCAUAAUAGUUUCAUCUCCAUGUUAUCCUCAUCUGAUGAACGUGUUGACUCAUCUAGUGAUUCUUUUGCCUUUUCCAUUUUAUCAGCUGUAUCUUCCUCAGUUUUUCUUAUCUUUCUCCACAUGGACCUGAUUGGUUUUAGGAUGAUCUUGUACAUGUAGAUGAGAUUCAACAGUAAGAAAAUAACACCGUAUGAGAAAAUUUCAACUAAAGUUGAAAUACCUCUAAGGCUGGCAAAAUUUUCGAAGCGUUCAACGUACUGGCUGAAUUUCUCCUUUCCGACGUAUUGUUCGAAAUUCAAAAUUCUCCAAUUGCUGGAUGAGGUUGCUCCAUUCGAGUUAGGCCCUUCAUUUGAUUUACCGGCUCUUGGAACUGCUGGGGCCUGGAUCGAAAUACUUGACUGGGAGGUUUGCACCACCUUCAGGAAUGCUGCAAAUUGUUCUUUGUCCAUUUUUAAAAAGGUGGAGCCGUAAUUGAGCAGGAAAGGAGACCAAUUAAUGAAUCGCGAAUUGACUUAUCGCCUGGGUGGCACGAGGUACGAGGUUGAGGCUACCUUAAAAGGAAAGCUGGAGCCAGGAGCGCGGUUCCUGAUUAAAGCACAUUUUUGUGAAGUACUGGAACGAAAAAAAAAUUGGUCAUUAAAUUCUAUUUACGCGAAAACAUUUUAGAAUCCUCUUCGCCAAUUGCUGCAACGAAAGAACGAGAGAAGACGUUAUCACAGGGAGUUUAUUCAAGAAGAGAACAGAGAGUGUCUCCACGGCUUGACCUUGGCGAAGAGACAUAUUUCCCUGCCAUUACAUGCUACCAACCUAUGGAGGAUACCGUAGCAACUUUACUACAUAUAUUCAUUUUAUAAAUUACAAAAUAUUUUUCACCUGCAUAACCUACUGGAUUAAUUAGACCAUAUACGUCUGUAUGAAUAAUUUCAAAUGGUUUACCAGCUCUUCUUCUAUUAUUCUGAAACUUGGGAGUUAAUAUCUUGCUUUGAAGACAUGUAUCACAUUUGCAAUUUACUAAUUGGAAAUCCUAAAAGUAGAUUUUUUAUCUUAACAGAUGUAGAUCUCGAAAAUUAAUAUGGCCUAACUUUUGAUGCCAUUUUCUUAAUGGUAAGCUACAAUUCCCAUAAUUUUUUUAGAGAAUUUAUGGUCAAUUUUUCAAAAUUAUCAUGUCAAAAAGAUUUUGCUUAUAGUGCAAAUAAAUUUCCAUUCCUUUUUGCAAUUCCUCCCGUUCGUCCGAAAGAAUUAUUUACUAAUAUGGUUUUGUUUUGAAAGAGAAAAUUAUACCUAUCAUCAAGUAAUUUCGACAUGCUAAGUGAAUUUCUGCCUAGUUCAGUCAGCUAAUCACGAUCACAAGAACACUGUCUCUCAUUCAUCCUUUUUUUUAUUAGAAAAAGAGCUUUUCCCACCGCUUUUCCAGCUCUUAUCAUUUUUCUUAUCAGGUUCUGUUGUAAUUUGACUGAGCUGAGGUGCCGCACAGAAAUUAUGAAGAACAAUAAACUUUAAUGAGGAAAUCUAAUUAAAAUUCAUUGUAAUUUACCAAUGUAUUUACUGUCGAUAAUGUAUUGAUUCUUUAACAAAAGUCUUCGACUUGAUCUUGAAAAUUUAAAAUAACAUAUUUUAGCAGUCAAAGAUACUUUAAAGAAUCAACAUUAACGCUGGUCAUCUGCUCAGUUUUAAAAGUCACAAACUAAACAGUCAUUUACUGUUGAGCAGCAGUAGAUCUUAACCCCAUUUAUAUCUUAACAACUUGUUUCAAACCACUGGAUAGUCAAAUUUUCAUCAACGUUAAAGCUCUGUUUUUACAUUCGCAUCAUGUACGUCAAUGUAUUGUAUUUUGGAAUGAUUUUUUUUUUGUUUUGUUGAUUGUUAUUGAAUCACUUCAAUAAAUUUAUUUUGUCUUAAA